AUGUCGACGCCGAUGAGGACGAGGAGGCGGUCCAUCUGCACGCCGGUGACGGAGCAGGGCUCGCACUCGUUCGAAAUCUCCGGGUACAGCCUGCACAAGGGCAUGGCCAAGCGCGACCACAUCUCGUCCGGCGUCUUCUCCGUCGGCGGCCACGACUGGGCCAUCCGGUUCAUCCCCAACGGCGGCUGCCCCGACCCCGGCGACGGCGGCGGGCCGACCCGGCCACCCUUCAUCUCCAUCUUCCUCUUGCUCCUCAGCAAGGGGGGCAAGGUCCGGGCGUCCUGCGCCCUGAGCCUGGUCGACCACACCACCGGGCUGCCGUCGCCGACGGCGGCGCGCCGGACGCCGGAGCCGCUGGAGUUCAGCUACGGCGGCCCCAGCAUGUACUUGCCGCACACCGGCUUCAUGCCCCGCGCCGAGCUCGAGGACUCCCCGUUCCUCCGCGACGACCGCCUCACCAUCCACUGCGACGUCACCGUGAUCAAGCGACCCCUGGUGCUCACGAACAUGUUCGCGAACGAGAUCCCCGCGCCGCCGCCCAACAUCGGCGAGCACCUCGGCCGGCUGCUGGAGACGGGGGUGGGCGCCGACGUCACCUUCGCCGUGGACGACGGGGAGACGGUCGCCGCGCACAAGCUCAUGCUCGCGGCGCGGUCGCCGGUGUUCAUGGCGGAGUUCUUCGGGCCGAUGGAGGAGGCGACGGCGGCGCGCGUCGCCAUCGAGGACAUGCGAUCCGACACAUUCAGGGCCCUCCUGCAUUUCAUCUACACUGAUGAUGUUCGAGCUGACGCUGACAGCGAACUGAUCCAGCAUCUGCUUGUUGCUGCAGAUAGGUAUGGUGUGGACAGGUUGAAGACGGUGUGCGAGAGCGUGCUCUGCGACGGCCUUGAUGUGUGGAACGUGGACAAUUGCCCUAGGCUUAAGAACUGUUGCUUCGAAGUUGUGAAUAGAUCCGAUGCGGCGAAGGCGGUGAAGGAAACGCGUGCUUACAAGGAUCUCAAGAGGAAGUGGCCUGAUAUCUUGGCAGAAGCAUUUGAGUUCAAGACGAGCAGGUUGCGGAAAAAGUGA